AUGGCAUCGGCCUCUCGAAACUUUUCUCGCGCCCUGCGUACCGCUGCACCCUCGUUCCGCACCACGUCGACUCGCUCGUCUGCCCGCUUCGUCGCUCCCGCACAAAACGCUUUCCGUACCCAGCGACGCGGAUAUGCUUCCAAGGAGGAUGGCCCUGACAAGCAUGAGGGUAACCCCACUGGUCUAGCGUGGGGUGCUGGUGCUCUCCUUGUUGGUGCUGGUGUAUACAGCUUGUACACGUACAAGCCUGAGUUGUUCGGUCAGACCAAUACCAAGAGAAUCUUCACCCCACGCUUCGAGGACUACCAGAAGGUCUAUGAUCACAUUGCAAAGCUGCUGCAGGAUCACGACGAGUAUGAUGACGGUAGCUACGGACCCGUGUUGCUUCGUCUGGCAUGGCACGCUUCUGGAACCUACGACAAGAUGACCAACACUGGCGGUUCCAACGGCGCCACCAUGCGCUUCGCCCCCGAAGGAGAUCACGGCGCCAACGCUGGUCUAAAGGCUGCCCGCGAUUUCCUCGAGCCCGUCAAGGAGGCCUUCCCCUGGAUCACAUACUCUGAUCUCUGGAUCCUCGCCGGUGUCUGCGCCAUCCAAGAGAUGCAAGGCCCCAAGAUCCCCUACCGCGCCGGCCGCACCGACCGCGACGUAUCCUUCUGCACACCCGACGGCCGUCUUCCAGACGCGAGCAAGGACCGCAGCCACAUCCGCGCCAUCUUCGGCCGCAUGGGCUUUGAUGACCGCGCCAUGGUCGCUCUAUCUGGUGCCCACGCUCUGGGCCGCUGCCACACCGACCGUUCUGGCUACGACGGCCCCUGGACUUUCUCGCCUACUACCCUCACCAACGACUACUUCAAGUUGCUGCUCGAGGAAAAGUGGCAGUACAAGAAGUGGAAUGGUCCCAAGCAGUUCGAGGACGUCAAGACUAAGAGCCUCAUGAUGCUGCCCACGGAUAUGGAGCUUGUCAAGGACAAGAACUUUAAGAAGUACACGGAUCUGUAUGCCAAGGACAAUGAUGCUUUCUUCAAGGACUUUUCAGAGGCUGUGUGCACCCUGUUUGAACUCGGUGUGCCAUUCCAGCAGCCAGAGGACCAGCGUUACGUCUUCAAGAGCUCUUUUGAUUAAAGGGGGGCUUGUAUAGAUUGUUGAAGGGAGCAAGCGAGGUUGGAGGAGGUUUUCCUUUGAACCAGAGAUAUCCAUCUAGACUUAGAUUCUUGUUUUUUCCAAUACGGCACUGGCUUUGUUCUGGGGUGUGGUUACUCUCCACUAGACCGAACUUAAGAAUUUUUUUGUAGAUCAAAGAUUAUACAGUAUCGUGGAAAUCGUGUGCAUACAUCGUCA